CUGUUCUGAGCUCUGUGGUAUAAAUCCAUCUUGUCAAUCAGGAAAAUGUCCACUCGCCUUUUUGGAUUUCAACUUCCCGCCUGCUGGGAGCGAGAUGGACAGAGGAGCUGCGUCACAUUCUUCAGAUAAGGACGCUGCCUGCACACCUUCAGGGGAAUCCUCAGCUCGCCUCGCCGAUUAGCCUGAAAUAAGAGAGACUGACAGGAGAGAAGAAUGGAGGACAGGGCGAAGGAGGGGAAGCUCCCUCUGUUCUGCCUGCUGGCGCUGCUCCACCUGGCCACGCCCACCUCAGCACAAAUAAGAACAACAACACCAUCCAAUACCACAACACCAUCCAACACCACAACACCAUCCAACACCACAACGCCAUCCAACACCACAACACCAACACACGCCCCCGCCCCCGCCCCCGCAGGUUACCUCACGCUGCCGGCCGACCUCUCCGUGGCCCUCGGGGAGGCGGCCGUGUUCCGCUGUGGCGUUCCUGAGGCGUCUCCAAGAAUCACGUUCAACUUCUCCGGGAACAUCGGCAACUACAGCCUGAAGUGCCCCUUGGGCCACGUGAAGGACAUCCCCCAUGCUCUCUACGGAAGCUGUGAAGUGACAACCGGAGAGUCCUUGGCGGUGUGGACCCUCAAGGGAACUUCUCUCUCCGACAACGGCACCAGAGUCCGGUGUCAGCAGCCCGACAACCCGAAGGCCGCGGCGGCCGUCCUCUUCGUCUACGAUAGCGGCACCAACAAGCUCAUCCUCAUCGGCUGCACCAUCGGGGGCUUCUUCGGCAUGAUGCUGGUGUUGGGUUUCGUGUUUGUGAUGAUGAGGAGGUCUGAAACGCUCCAGAAGUGCUACAGGGGGGCAGACCCUGAAGAUGACAUGAACACAAUAGUCACAAAGGAGUAGAAGGAGACGUUUGCUCUGUAAAUGGAAUUUGUGGACCAAUCUAAGUGAAAAGAAAGCUGCAUUUGUGUCUUUAUGUCUGUUGUGGUGUCUGUUGAGGCUGCAUCCAUCCUGGAUACUGGAGCUUGCACACAUUAUAAACAUCUUACCGGUGAAUACAGAGAUAUAGCAUGGAUGUAAAUGAGGAAUAGAGUAUAGUUGCUCUGUGUGGAUGACAACACGCUGGAGAAGGAACCUGUAGGUUUAGUCAGUGACACUUCCAUCGUGUGUCCACUAGAGGGAGACACUCACUGCACAGGUGACAGGCCACUGAGUUGUUGUUGUUGUUGUUGUUGUUGUUGUUUUGUUGAGAGAUGUUCCCCUUAAAUUGAACUGAUUGUAAAUGCCAAACACAAAAAUUAUAUUUCUGUUUCCAUUCCAGCAUGUUGCACUUUUAUUUACUAUGUAAUUCAAUAAAAGCUCUGAUGAAUAAAUUGCUUUGUCAAAUUGUA